UUUCCCAAAAGGCCCUCGGUCAACAAGAGCCGUGAGGCCGCCUCUGAGUCCCAUUUUGAAGUUCAAACAAGUUUCUGGUCAGUUAAUCUACGGUGAUGUUGAUCUGCAGGACUAUCCUCCUGUUCACAAAAAAAGGGGAGUAGAUAGAAAAUCUUCCAAAGAGUUCUAUUUAGAGGAAUCAAGCGAGAUUGCUUUAGCAAAUUCUUAUCAAUCUAAGAUUGAAAACAUUUCGCGGAAACGAAAACUCUCCCAUAUUCUAACUGGCAAAAACAAUUCCAAAUUAUCGAGCAGUUAUACCCCGGAAAGGCCACUUUUAACUUUUAGUUUCUUGCUGAACAAUGGUUUGCUAGAAAGACUGUUGUUAAUUGGCAUGAAAGAUAAGCUAGAGCCUUUUAGAUGUAUAAAAGAUAUUGGGACCAGUUAUCGCUACUCAGCACGCUGCUUGAAAAAGCAACUGGCCGACCCCCUUGGAGAGGAGCCGAAUUUCUCAGUUUUACAUGCUCCCCAUCAAGCUCGGUGUAGAUGUUGUAGAGACUAA